AUGGCUAACCGGAGGAGGAGAAACACAGCUGGAGCUGAUGACAUAGCUCAGGCGAUCCAUCGUAUGGUGGACGCGAUGCAGCCCAUAGCGGCGCCACCCAGAGCUGUAGUGGCACCUACCCGACCAGUAUCGAUGGAGGAUUUCAUGAAACACCGGCCGGCCAAGUUCUCUGGCAAGGCCACUCCUGAUGAGGCAGAUGCCUGGAUGCGAGAAUGCGAGAAGAUCUGUAGAGUGCUGGGGUGCACGGAUGAGCAGAGGCUGUUGUUUGUCACAUUUCUUCUGGUGGCAAACGCAGAGUAUUGGUGGCAGGGGAUGCAGCAGUUGAUGCAGACUCGUGAGGAGCAGGUGACUUGGACUGCCUUCAGGACGAGGUUCUUGGAGAAGUACUUUCCCGACAGUGCGAGGCACGAGAGGGAGGCAGAGUUCCUUACUCUUCAGCAGGGGACCAUGACUGUGGCGGCAUACAUUGAGAGGUUCGAAUAUCUGGCGCGUUUCUACACUCCAGUAGUCACCGAGGAGUGGAGGUGUAAGAGGUUCGAGGGCGGAUUAAAACAUGAGAUAUGCCGCUUCAUUGUGCCGCUUCGGAUUAGAGAGUUUCCAAUUUUGGUCGAGCAGGCCAAGACUGUGGAGCAGUUGGAGACCGGGUCGAGUAGUGGAGGGAAACAGCAGAGGACUACCCCAGAUACAGGGCACUUUGCACGUCAGUAUCCUAACAGAAGACCAGCUGGCGGUGUGCCAGCUAAGAGGCCAGUAGGAGACCGACCCAGAGCACCGGGGCGUGUGUUCGCCUUGACGACUACAGAGGCGAAACAGUCAGGUAACCUUUUGCAGUUUCUAUGUUUGUUGUGUGACCACGAGGUAGUGGUGUUCUUCGACUCGGGAGCCACUCAUUCGUUUGUGUCUAAUGAAUGUGUGAGGAGGCUCGGGCUCACGAUGCGAGAGCUGGGGUGCGAGCUUUUAGUUGCGACGCCAGUGUCUGGAGAGGUAUCCACCACUUCUAUGUGCGUGGGGUGUCCUAUGGAGGUGGCAGGCCGUAGGUUCAGGCUGAAUCUCAUAUGCUUGCCGAUGGAGGGUUUAGAUGUGAUUCUGGGCAUGGAUUGGUUGUUGAGUAACCAUGUCGUCAUUGAUUGCGGGCAGCGCAAGAUAGUGUUUCCUGAUACGGUGGGGUUAGAACUUAUCUCGUCUAAUCAGGCGGUGAGGGAGAUUGAGGCUGGAGCUACAUGUUACAUGAUUGUGGCUCAGGCAGAGAAGAUGAGCACGGCCGAGAAGAUCAGCAUGAUCCCGGUAGUGGAUGAAUAUGCAGAUGUAUUUCCGGAUGAGAUUCCAGAGUAA